GUGUGUAUGUAGCAUUUUUUAUCCAAAUAAAGCCCUUAAGGCUAACUCUGAGUUACUAUGCUAAUCAAUAAAUUAAUAUAGUGGAUGACAGGGAGGAUACGUACUUUACCGAAGAACUGCCUCAGUUUCAAUCGCAGCCAUCCAAUCACAUCCAACGGCAGAGAUUUCAACUCCCACCACACUGAAUCUGAAUCUCCCUCCACGUCAAAACUCCCAAUUUUAUAAUGAAAUUCCCCCCAAAAAAAAAACCGCAAACCCCAUGGAUUCAUCCUCGUCAUCAUCCCAGCUCAAGAACAACUCCAAAGUUCUUGCUUCCGUUGCGUCCCCUGACAAGGGCGAAGCCCUCGACGAAGCGCCGGCGUCGGAGGCGGAGCGAUCGUCGGAGCUCAGCCGAUCAAAGGCUGCUGCAGUUGCAUUGACCGAGAGGCAUACGGAUUCUGGUUCACUUCCCGUAGAGGACUUUGAUAUGGAGCUUGAAGAUCAAAGUGGUCAGAAACUACAGAUUGGAUCUGAAACUGAUCAUAGGGGAGCAACGAUGGGAGUAAUGCCUCGUACAAAGGGGGGAAACCUAAUUGAUAAGGAGAACAUUAAGGAUGCUUUAGAGGUGCUUACUAUGGCAGAGGUCAGUCACGAAGUUACUAAUCGGGUUCCACACCAUGAAAUUGUUGAGCCGUGUAAAGGUAUGGAUUUUAAAACACAGGAGGAGGCUUAUUCUUAUUAUAAAAAAUAUGCAAGGAGUUAUGGGUUUGGUGUUUCAAUCAAGGCAUCUCGCCGUUCCAAGAAAACAAAUGAGUUUAUUGACGUUAAAUAUGCUUGUAAAAGGCACGGAGAGAAGCGAAAAUUAGAUGCUAUUCAUCCUCGUCCUUGCUUAAAAAUAGGGUGCAGAGCGAUGUUGCAUGCGAAAAGAAUAGAAGAUGAAAAGUGGGUAGUCCACGAAUUUAUCAAGGAUCAUAAUCAUGAGUUUUCUCCGAAGUAUGCUCAUUAUUUACCUUAUCAUAGUGGUAUUACAUCAUCACAAAAGCAUGACGUUAGCACAUUACAAGCUGUAGGUGUGGGGGUGAGCAAAAUCGAUGCAGCAAUGUCAAAACAACAGGCGGGAUAUGAUAAUAUUGGUUGUUUAGAGAAGGACAUUAGAAAUCUUGUUGAGAAAGAGAAACGACUAUCACUACAAUCAGGAGAUGCCAAUGCGAUUAUGGAUUUUAUUAUGCACAUGAAAGAAAAAGAUCCUGAGUUCUUUUUCGCUAUAGAUUGGGAUGAGCAGCAUCGUCUCAAAAAUGUUUUUUGGGUUCAUGGAAAAGGAAGGAGGAAUUAUCAAAUUUUCAGUGAUGUUGUUUCUUUUGAUACAAUAUAUAUCACCAGUCGGUACCAAAUGCCUCUUGCUCCUUUUAUUGGAGUGAAUAAUCAUUUUCAACCCAUUAUAUUGGGGUGUGCUUUACUGGCAGACGAAUCAACUGCGACAUUUGUUUGGCUAAUGAGGACUUGGUUAACUGCAAUGGGGGGAAAAACUCCAAAUGUAAUCCUAACAGAUCAAGACAAGGCAAUGAAGUCUGCCAUCAGGCUUGUAUUUCCAAAUGCGAAACAUUGUUAUUGUUUAUGGCAUAUAAUGAGAAAGCUUCCCGAAAAACUUCCUCACGUGAUAAACAAACACGAGAAGUUUAUGGAAACGUUCCAAAGAUGUAUUUAUAGGUCUUGGACGAAGGAACAAUUCGAAGAAAGGUGGUUCUCCAUGGUGGAAGAUUUUGAGUUGAUUGAGGAUCCAUUGCUUCAAUCAUUGUUUGAAGAAAGGGAGUAUUGGGUGCCUGCCCAUAUGAGAGAUACUUUUUUUGCGGGUAUGUCAUUUAGCAGAAAAAUCGACUAUAUC